AUGAUUCCAAAAGAAAGUACAGUUAGAAAAAAUGGGAAGAAAAAAUAUUCGAAGAAGAGACUUAUAAGUAAACAUAGUAAUAACAGAAAAAAGAAUUUCUUUAUCCGGUUAAAUAACAAAGAAUUGGAAAAUAUGUUAAUACAAGAGAGAUCAUCAGGAAGGAAAAAUAAUACAGAGAAAAAAAAGAAUAUUCAUUCUUUACAAGAAAAUGAAAGAAUGAACAAAUAUAUAGUUCAUUUGCAAAAAUUAUAUAGGGAAUGUAAAUAUGAAGAAUGUUUAAGAUUUGGUUUAGAAAACAUAGAAAAAUUAAAAAAAAAAAAUUAUAUAAGCAAAAUAGAAUUUUUGAAAAUUAUAGGAAAUGUAUAUUUUUAUCUGGAAAAUUAUAAAUACAGUUCCCUCACGUAUAUACUGUUAUCAAAAUAUAUAAAUAAAGUUUCGGAUAAAUAUAAAAUAGAAAUAUGUUAUAAUGCCGGUGUAGUAUUUAUAAAAUAUUUUUUAGAAAGUAAUGAUAUUUCUUUUUACCUAAAUGCAAAAACUUCGUUUAAUUGUUCUUUAUUAUUCAACGAAAGAAAAAGUGAACAUUUUAAUAAAACAAUUUAUGAAAGCACAAUAAAAAUACUUAGGAAGCAUUUUACAAUAGAUAUAAGAGAAAAUGCCAAAAAAGAAAAAAAGAAAAAAAAAAAAAGAGAGGAUAAUUAUGUCUUUUCGGAUAAUAGUUCUUAUGAAAAUUGUCUUUUAAAAAAGGACAUAGACAUAUCUUCAUAUAGUGAUGAAAAUGAGGAGAAAAAAAGUUCAUUAAGUACAGAUUCUGGAUCGAGUAUACAUAGUAGGAUAUCUAUUAAAACCGAAGAUUGUGAAAUAAUAAAGGAGAGAGGAAGAAGAAAUGAUUAUCAUGAAAGAAAUUUAAGUUGUUGUUCAAGUUAUAUAGAUAACUCACCAUUAAAUGAUACUAGUAUUAAUAAAAAAGAAUUAGUAUCAAGGGAAAAUUACUUAUUUCCUCAGAAAGGAAUAAAUAGCAACGUUAAAAACAUUACUAGUGUUAACAGUGUUAGCAGCAAUAACAGAGUUAAUAGUGUUAGCAGCAAUAACAGAGUUAAUAGUGUUAGCAGCAAUAACAGAGUUAAUAGUGUUAGCAGCAAUAACAGAGUUAAUAGUGUUAGCAGCAACAAAAGAGUUAAGAAUAAUAGCAGCGAUAACAGUAUUAACAACAUUAAAUGUAUUAACAGCAGAUGCUCCUCUUAUUAUGUAAAGAAUAGUAAUAGUUGUAUGAAAGAGAAAAAUUAUAAAAACAAUACGCAUAAUGAGAAAAAUGUUGUGAUAGAAACACCCGAAGUUCCCAUUGCGUCCAGUAAUCAGAACAGAAAUUUGAAGAAUAUAUUUUUUAAUAACACCUUAAGUAGUGUUUCGAAAAAUUCGCAGAAUAAUACUGUGAAAAGUGGAACAAACAGCGUUUUGAGAAAUUCUCCAUGCAUUAUUUUGAGAAGUUCAUCGCAUAAUAUUCUAAAAUGUAACUCUAGAAGUUCUUUAGCUAAUUCGCCCAGGAAUUUCUCCACUAAAUCAACUAACUGUUUAUUAAACAAUAUUCCGAGCAUUUUACUCAAUAAGUCACCCAGCAAUAUCUUCAAUAAGUCAUCUAGCAAUUUCUUGAAUAAUUCUCCUAAUAUUCUGGUGAAUAAUUCUCCAAACAAAUUUUUAAAUAACAGCCCAAAGAGUUUAUUGAACAAUUCUCCGUGUUCUUUUAUGAACAGCUAUCUAGGCAAUUUGCAAAACAACUCGCCAUCUAAUUUGCUGAAAAGUAAUUCAGCUUCUAAUUCAAUGGACAAACCAGUUCCUACAUUGGCUGAUAACUGGAGGACUAAUUUACGGAACAACUCUGUAGGUAAUUUAUCAAAUAUUUCUCAAGGAAAUCUAUCGAGCAUAUCGCAGGCAAACUUAUCGAACGCUUCGAGAAGAAAUCUAUGUAAGGUUUCAAGAGUGAAUCUGUCGAAAUUUUCAUCAGAAAAUAUAUCGAACAAUUCGUCGGCUAAUUUAGGAAACAGUUCACUAGUUGAUUGGGGAAAAUACUCUCGCGAAAAUUUACGGAAAAUUUCACCAGCAAAUUUAGGAAACAUCUCGGCUAAUUUAGGGAGCAUUCCUAUAGCUAAUUUACGAAACAAUUCUAUAGGCAAUAUAUCGAACUACUCACGAGGUAAUAUAUCGAACUACUCACGAGGUAAUAUAUCGAACUACUCACGAGGUAAUAUAUCGAACUUUUCAAGAGGAAAUAUUUCGAAUACCUCACUGGCUAAUCUAAGGAACAACUCGUCGGCUAAUUUGGGGAUAGAAACGCUAGAUAAUUUGCGGAACACAUCACUAGCUAAUUUAGAGAACAAAUCUUUAGCUAAUUUAGGGAACACUUCAUUAGCAAAUUCACGGAACAACUCUAUAGGCAAUAUAUCGAACCUCUCACAGGGCAAUCCAUCGAAUAUUUCGUCUGCUAAUUUACGGAAUAACUCGAUAAGCAAUUUCUCGAACAACUCGGUAGGCCAUAUAUCAAACAUAUCGCAAGGAAGUCUGUCGAACAACUCGCCAUACAAUUUAUCAGUCAAGCCACCAUGUAAACUAUCGAUCAAGUCACCAUGUAAUCUGCUGAACAAAUCAUCAAGUAUGGUUCGCAACAAUAUCCCAGUAAAGAGAAUUUCUAAUCAAAAAAAUAUUAUAAAAUGUAUGAGAAAAAAUAUGGACGAAACAAACAAAAAGGAUACAACAAGAAGUGUCUUUAAUUCAAAUGAAUGCAUUUUGAUAGAUGAAAAAGCGUCAUAUGAAGAUGAACAUUUACAGAAAAAAAGAAGAAAAGAGAAUCAUCAUAGUUCUCCUAACUCCCUCCAUGAAAGCGGUGUUGAGGUUUGUGAUAAUAUUUUUCCUUUUAAAAAGGAUGGAAGUUCUCAUUUAGAUUGUUCAAGUAGAGAAGACAAAUAUAUAAUGAUUGAUAGUUCAGUGAGUUACCAAAAGAAUGAAAAUUUUCCAUAUAAGACAAAGAAUAAGAAGAGGAAUAAAAUAAAAUUAGGAAGUAAGCACUCUUCAUUCUAUAAUAACAUCUUAUGGAAAUAUAAGAACAUGUCUAUUCGUAAUAAGAUUAAAAAGAUAUGUAAAGAACACAAAAUUAAUUUAUUAGAUGAAUAUUAUCGUAUAUAUGAAUUACAAUAUAAGAAUAAGCAAGCAAUACCUAUUUUAAAGCAUAAAAAUUUUUCAGAAUUCUUUCAUGAUAUUUAUAUGGUAUGUAAGAUGAACAAAUGCGAUUGUAUGGUCAAAUUUGUUGACGAGCUUCUUAAUGACAAGGACGUGACAGAUAGUAAUAUGCACAAGGAAGCUAUCUCAAGAGAAAGAAGUCAUACAAAUGUAAGGGGAAACCAGUGUGGGUCCCCUAGACUAAUCAAUAAACAUUAUAGAAAAGAAAGAGAAAAUUUUGGCGUUGCUGAAGGUAUCAUAAAAGAAGAUAAAUUUUCAUGGGAUAAGGAAAAUAUAAAAAAAUUAAAUGUAAAAAAAUAUUCGAGGACAAGCAGUUUAUUACGUCGUAUGGAAUAUGAUAGAUAUCAAAUGGAGCAGGUUGAAAAGUGUAAUGAACGUAAAGAUAAAAAAAAUGAAAAGGGAAUUGCAGGGCGCAGGGGCGAAAAUAAUUACGAACAGACGUAUGAACAAAAUAGUGGUGUAUUUAAAAGCAUAAAUAAGGAAAAGACACAGAACAAGACAUUUGAUUGUAGCACUUUUAUUAAAUUAUACAAUGAGAUUAGAAAUAGUAUGAGUUAUGUUCAUUUCAAGUAUAACUCAUUUGAUGAAAAGCAUUAUAAAGAGAAAAGGGAAAUAGAAGAAGUGAUUAUCCAGAAUUUUAACAAGAUAAACAAAAAGAGAAUAAGAGAUAAAGUGAAGAAGUUGAGCUCAUAUAACAAUUCUAUACUGUCCAAUGUUGCAGAUAAACUUCUUGAUGAUACUGAUGAAUUAUUUCUUUUGAAAAAUUAUUCUAGUUUUUUAAAAAUUAUAAAAAAUAACGAUAACAUACAACAUAUUUAUUAUUUAUAUGAAAAUAUGUAUGCUAUAGACAAAUUUACUCAUAUUAAUAGUAGCAAUUUCUUCAAUAUUUCACAUUUUAUUAUUGAUAUAUUAUUAUUAAAACAAAUAAAAGAAAAGGAUUAUUUAAAAAAAAAAAUUAAUAAAUUGAAAUAUUCUGAUCAAAAUUGUUAUAGAAAGUAUAGUGAAUUUAAUUCAGAUGCACUUUUAAAAAAUAUUAUAAAUAAUGUGUUUCUGUGUAACACUGAAAUGAGCAUAGACGAAUAUAAUAAUUUUCCUUUUUCUUAUUUAAAAAACGAAAGAAAAAGAAAAAGAAAAAGAACGGUAUUAAAUGAACAAAACAUACAUAAUAAGAAUAUAAAAUUGAGUAAAACAGUUACAGUAAAUAAUAGUGACACUAAUUCGUAUACAAAUAAUAGGGGAGAAGAAUUAAAUGGACAAAUAAAUAAGAGAUUAUUAUGUAAUAAUAACUCUGAUUUUACAAGGAAGAAAAAUUUAAAAUCGAACUUUUGUACAAAAUAUACAAUGAAAAAUGAAGGUAUCAUAAACAGUCAAACGAAAGAGGAAGAAACAUUAAAGAAUGGUGAAGAAACGAAAGAUAAUGAUUUAAAAAAAGAGAAGAAUCAAACCAUUGCGAGCGAUUUGAGAAGUUUGUUAAGUAAUGUUUUUGUGGAUACUUCUAAUAUAAAUAAGUUAAUCACUUUGUCUUAUGAGUAUAACUGUGAAAGAGAGAAAUUAUAUAUGGAAUUAAAUAAAGGGGAUAUGGAAUUUUUCCUUAUGGAUUCUUUUUACGAAUAUAUGAAUACAACAAGUAUAAAUGAUUGCACGAGGAAUAAGAUAGAAGAAAUUACGCUAAUGUUAUUUUAUUACUAUUGUAGGAAUGAAAAUAAGAUAAAGAAUGUUUUGUUUAAUAUUAUAUUUUUUUUUACGUAUAAUAAUAUUAUAAAUAAAAAAAAUGUUCAUCAAUAUGCAACAUUCUUAAGUUUAUAUGACCUUUAUUUAGUUGAUCUUAAUUGUAAAUCAAUGUCUUUUUUUUAUCAUAAUGUUGAAAAUGAUUCGAAAGAAGUUAGUGAUGUAAAAAUAAAGGGUAGUACAUAUCAAAAUAUUGAAGAAUAUGGUGAGAAUUAUAUGAACAUAAUUCAUUGUUAUCUACACAUGCUAAAAUUAUUAUACAAGUGUUAUUUAAACAAAUUAAAAAGAAAAUAUACUUUUGAUAAUAUUAAUUUGGAAAAAGUUAUUAAUUAUACUUUUACCCUUUUAAACUGCUUAUUAAUUAAGUAUAGUUAUAAUCAAGGGGGUGGGAAAGUUAGGUGUCGUGUCUUAUUUCUAUUUAUGCAAUUUUUAUAUAUAAAUGCGAAAUAUUAUUUUAAGAAUGUAUCAUUUUUUCUUGACAAGUAUGAUAUAAAUUAUUUGGUUAAAGGUGAGUUUGGUAACUUUUGUAAAACGAAAGUUAACACAACAGUUCAUUGCAAUUUUUACGAAAGGACUAAUAAGAGCGUUACGCCAAAGUUACAUACAGAAGGUGAUCAGAAUGAUGGACAAAAAGAGGUUUCUGAGAAUGAAUUGAAGAGAGAGAUGAAAAAGACUAAAUAUAUAGAGCAUCGGGAAAAGGGUAAAGAAGAAGAUGAGGACAAACAAAAGCACCAUCUUCAAUCGAAUGAGUAUGCUCUAUAUGAAAAGGAAGAGCAAAAAGGAUUGGAUGAAAAGAAAGAUAAUAGAAAGGAAUAUGUGGAUGAAUUAUAUAAAAAAAAUGAAUGCAAAUUGGACAAGGAGCGGGAACAGGCUCAACACAAGCAGCAGAAGAGAGAUGAGGAAAACUACGAAAACGCAGAUGACGAAAGAGAUGGGAAUGAGGAAAAGAAGGAUAAAGAGAAGAGGAAGGAACAAGGGGAACAUAAGGAGGGAACACAAAGAAAAGAAAUAGUAGAAAGAGUAGAUGAGUACGAGGGACAAGAAGGAAUGAAAAAAAGGGAAAAGAGAAAUAACCAAAUGAGAAGAGAGGAAUACUUAAAAAAAAGCAAAAUUAAUAAUCAUUCCUCAUUCAGUAAUGUAGAGAAAAUAAAAAAAGUGUUUACGAAAUUAUAUGAAAAUGUAAAUAUUGCGUUUUCAUCCUUUUUGAAAUGCUACAAUAAAUGCUAUUUCAUACUAAAUUUAAAGUUAUAUGAAAGUUCCUUGUUCAAGAAAAAGAUUUUGAAAAAAAUCAAAAGAAUUAUUUUUUAUUGUAACAGUCUUUAUAGUAUAUUAAAAAUAAAAAAAUUGCCUAUGAGCAAAAAUUACAAUUUUGUAUUUGAUGAAAUAAAUUAUAAUUUACAUAACAAAAACAUUUUUUUAAAUCCAUUAUUUUUCAAUGUAUUAAUAGAAGAUAAAUAUGUAAAGAAAAUAUAUACCCUUAAUCGUAAUUACAUUUUGAGGAUGAGUGAGCAAGACAUGUGUUAUGAUAAUAUAACAGAUCUAUCAUCGGAAAAAGAUUUGAUAACAAUUCUAAUCUCUUUUGAAAGAUUGAAUAAAGGGACAUGCGAAAGAGAGAAAGUUAAUAAAAAGAAGAAGCGUUUUAUUAUAUUAAUGUAUUCUUAUCAAUAUAUAAAGAACUGUAUAUGUAAAGAAUUAAAAAAUAGUAGUAUCCUACGUUUAUAUAAAAGAGCAAAAGAAUUAGACGAAAAUUUUAAUUUAAGUAUUGAUUACCUUCAUUCUUUAUUUGAUACAAGAUUAUGUAUGCUUUCAUUGGAUUAUGAGUUGCAAAAUAUAAUUGUCGAAUUUAUAAAUAAUUGUGUGAAUUUUAUUUUACGUUAUUAUAAUAGAAACAGUAUUUGCUUUUUAUUAAUUAAUAAACUAAUGAAAAUUUAUAACAUGAUUUUUUCAAUUUUCUACUUACGUUUGAACUCCUUUUCAGAAUUUAAUACAAAUAGAUUAUAUAAAAUAUUAAGUUAUGAUAAGAAUAUUUUUUCCUAUGAUGAUAAAGCCACUCAGAAUUUAUUAAAUUUUUUUCACUUUAUUAAUUUUAGAUAUGGUUGUUCAUACAAUUUUUUAAAUCACAUUUUUACUUCCUUUCAUGUUUUUCUAAAUUCGUUGGUAAAGAUUGAUUUAAAUAUUGAAAUUGAAAAAAAACACAUAGCAACAGAAAGAGCAAGGAGAAAAUAUGUAAUGUCAGAUCAAAGAUGGGAGAAAGGGGCAAACUCUUUUAAUUAUGGUGAAAUACAGAAAUAUUUAGAAAGAAGGAAAAGAAUUAAUAGAAAUGGGGAAAAAGAGAAACUCAACACUAUAAAUGGAAUAGUAUAUUUGAAAAAAGACAAAAUUUACAAAAUAAUAAAUGAGGUAAGGAGAAAAGUAACCAUAAAUGGGAAGUUUAAAAUAAAAAAUCGCAUGUUAGAAGGAAAAUUUGGAAAUAAAAUAAACAAGUAUUUUAGUUACUUCAUGGGAGAUGAAAUAAGGAUGGAAAAAAGGUUAAAUAAGGAUGGGAGAACUCCCGUUUGCAGAAUUGGAGGAACAAAUAAGAAGAUAACUAAUAGUUAUGUUUUACGUUCCUAUUUUCGUAAUACUGAUUGCAAUAUUAGAAACAAGGUGAAACAUAAUGAAAACGUUCCAAAAGAGAAUAUUUAUUUUUUGAUGAAUAGUAACAGUAUGAGGAGCAGUGGUGUUAAUACGUAUAACAGUAAUUUAAGUUAUAGAAGAAGAUCUCAUACAAAUUAUAUAUACAAUGAUAUAUACCAUACUAAAAAUAAUAAUGAUAAUAAGAUAAAACAUAUGUCAAAUGAUGCAGUUUCUAAGGAAAAUUUAUUUAUAUAUACAAUUAAAAACAGUGGAGUAAUACAAAAUUAUAAAAAAUUAAAGAAAAUGAAAAAGAAGUUAAAAAGAAAAUUAAAUAAUAAAUAUUGCUUUUUUAGGUAUAUUGCUGUCGUGAACAAGAGUCAUAACAAUAUAUAUACUUCUUUAUGUCGAAUUUAUUCUCAUAUUUUAUUUGUUCUUAUUUCUAUAUUAUAUAUUGAAAAUUAUAACAUUUUACAUUUAAGGAAAAGUCAAGAUUUCUUUAUGAACAAUGAUAUAUAUAAUACAUAUUACAUAUUUUUACACAUUUCGAGUAGUAUAAUAUUAUUAUUAUCUUCCCCUCUAAAAAUAUAUCUACAUUUUUGUCCUUCUAUAAAAAUGGAAAGCAUGAAUUUUAUGAAAAACAGUAAGGAAAAUAAGAGGAUAAAUGAGGAGAAGAGCAAUAUUAAUAUGUUACAUAGUACAAAUAAGAGGAGAAAUGUGCAGCUAGUAAAUGAAAACAAAGAUAAUGAAAAGAUGCUCUGUGUAGUGUUAGGAGGAAAAGGAGGAAAAACGUGUGUAGAAGAGAACACAUACGAGUUAAUUAAUAGCAGUAGAAAGGCAUCUAACGAUAAAAGUAACUAUGAUAGCAAAAAUAGAACAUGUCACAUGGAAUAUGAGAUUUACUUAGAAACGUUAUUAAAUUUUAGCUCAAUUAAUAUUCUAUUAUUAUCAAAGAAAAGGUACAAUAGGAAAAAUAAAAUAAAGAGAAAUAAGUACAUAUUUACAUUUUGCAAUUUAAUAGAAAAUUUAUUACAAAAUAGUAUGUUUUAUGUGGACUUAUUUAAUAACUGUAAAAAUAGGGGAGAUGUACUAGAGAUGAAUGAUAUUUUUUCAAAAUUGAACAAACUAUGUAAGGAUAAUAAUACAGUGGAUGACUUUAUUAUCAUGAAAAGGGUAUUAAUUUAUCAUACGCUAUUUAAAUAUAUUAUACAUGACAAAUAUGUUAGUUACUUCCAAAUUGGCAAAAAUGAAUUAUACAAUGUUAACAAAUGUACAUUAAAUUUAUUUUAUUUUUCCUUAAAUAUUUUGCUAACCACUUUUAACACAGAUAUUUCGAUUCAUUUAGAAAGGAGUUUGUAUAAUAUAAAUUCAUUUCAUCAUACAAAUUUAUACUAUGAUGCAAUUUUAAACAGUGUCAAAAAGACUAUUCAGUACAUUAAGGAUGGAAGUAAAUCGUCCUUUAAUUGUAUGUACGCAUGCGUGCUGUACUAUUUAGAUAAGUGCAAAAAUGGGGAAAAAUCGAGGAUAAACGAAAAGGGAGAAAAAGAAGGAAAAGUAGAAAUAAAUGGGAUUAUUCAAAACAGCGAAAAAAAUGAUAUAAAUAAUACAACACCAAGAUAUGACUUGAAGGUUUGUUCUUCCCCUUUAUCGUAUGAUCAUGUUAAUGGGUGUGCCAUACCAAACUUUGGUUGCAAAGGAGAGGAUGAAAAGAAUAGUAUUACAGAUGUAAUAAAUGUUAGUAAGAGUGGAAGAGAAAGAGAGGAGCAUGUGUACGAUGUUGAGAAUUAUGAAGAAAAGCGGUGCAAUGAUAGUAGUAACUAUGAAUUAAUGGAAGAAAAAUGCAAAAGUGCAAAUUGGAUUAAGGAAAAAAAUAUUUUUAGGAAAAAAAAAAAAGUUAUUAACAAUAUAAUAUAUGAUAUGAUUAUUCCUUACAUAGAUUUAAACAAUAUUAAAGUAUAUAAUAGAAUAUAUAGAAACAACCAUUCUAUUAAUAGUCUUAUUAAUAUUUGUUUUUCCUUUUUAUUUAAUAAUUUUUUAUUUUUAAAAUCAGUGUAUCCUUUUGAUAUUGUUUCAAAAGAUAAGAAUGAAAAUGAAGCAAAUGAAAAGAGGAUCAUAACUAAUGAAUUUACCCUUGAUAUAGUUAAUAUGAAAAUGAGUGAAAUAAAAGCAGUAGAAUUGUUUUUGUCACUGUAUAUUCAUAAAUAUAUGCAGAGUAUAUGUUUAGACAUAAAAAAGUUAGUUGACUACAACACAUAUAUGAAUCAAUUUUUUUGGACAUUAAAUAAAAGUCAUAUGAACAUUACUCACAAUGACUACAUUUACCUUAACUAUUCAUUUUACAACGUGUACUAUAAAUUUAAUGACUAUAACGUAUUACAAUUUUUGGUUAAUUUUAAGAGAUCAAAGAGCGAAGGAAAGGAGUUCAUGAUGUCUUUUGUGAAGAUUUUCGAUAAAUUGAUAUCACUGGAUGAGGAAAUAAGUGCUGAUUAUUUAGACCCUCUCACAUAUAAUAUUUAUUUAGAUUAUAUGAAAGACUUGUUCCUUAAUGAUGAUUACUAUUAUGUGUGCUUCUAUGAAUAUAUAAAAACCGUAUAUUUGGAAGAGAAUCAGGAAUCUUUUAAAAUCGAUGAUUUUGGUUGUUAUUUGAACGAACUAAAUGAGCUAAAUCCCUUUAAAAUAAAGGAAGACAUGAAAAAGAAAUUUAGGGAAACUGUUGAUAAGAAUUACCUACUAUUGAUUGUAAAAAGAAAAGUUUUCAGUAGAGACAUGAGUUAUAAUAACUAUGACGAAAUUGGUCGUAUUGGAAAAGAUAAAAAUGACAGAGGUAGUAAUAGUUCGCGAGAAAAUUUACGUGUGCAUAAUAUAUUGAAAAAUUACGAUGCGAACUUAGAACAUACGCCUAAUACAACUGAUAAUAUGAGGAACAGAUGUAUUGAUAGUAACGAGUUGAAAUGUAAUAAGGAAAAGGAGAAAGAAAAUAACAUUGCGAAAUGUAGUGUAAAGAAAAUACCAGGAAAAGAGAGAGUUAAGGUAAGGUUAAAUAAUAAUCCUUAUAAUUUCAAAAAUAUAUAUAAAAAUUAUAAGAGUAACUUAUUUGAGCUUAUGAACAAAAAAAAUAUUAACUAUUUUGAAAUUAUAAAAGUUUUAAAUAGUAAACAUUACAACCAUUUUAGUAACCUGUUUUUCAGCUCCUUUGUACACAUAAUGGGUGAAGUGAAAUAUGAUUAUAAUAAGCAAUACAAUUUUAACAUUUUGAAAAUUAUGGAUAAAUUAAACAUUGCAUUGAAGGCUUCAUUUUAUAAUAAUAAAAAUGUUAUUUUAUAUUAUUAUAUAUUUCAGCAAUAUUUUCAUUUAUAUAAAUUUUUAGAGGAUAAAUAUUUCUCCGAAUUUGUUCUUUCUGAAUAUUUAUUAUUAAACAUAUCUACAAAAUUUGUUGAUAAUGCAUUAUAUAAUAGUAAUCUGUAUAAGAUUUACAGUUUUUUAAAAUUUUUAUACCUAAGGAAUGUAUUAAAGCACACAGAUAUUCUUCUGAACUUUUUGAUUUAUGUGUAUUAUAAAUAUUUUCGUUAUCAUUAUGGCAAAAAGGAUCGAAAGUUUCAUCAUUUUAUGGAGUUGUUUCUAAGCAUACACGAGGAAUCCUAUAACAAUAGUUUAUUAACUGCUGAGUAUAAAAUGAAAGAAGGCAACAAUGAAAAUAAUUAUACUAAAGAGGAUUUUUUUACGAAAAAUGUUUUUAUCAAUAACCAUUCAAGAACAUCCUUAACAAAUCAGGAAAAUUGUGAUUAUUUAACUGUUGGCAAUGAUGAUAAAAUGACCGAUAGCAACUUUAAUGAUACUAUUACAAAAAAAAGCGUUGACAUUGGUACGAAUGAGAAUAUUAAUGAUUGUAAGAACAAAAAAAAAAGAAGUAAGGAUGUACGAAAAGAAUGUCAAGAAAUUAAUAGUUACUAUUUAGUAUUGUCUAAUUCACAAAAUAGAUAUAUUCAUAUUUUAUUUUUUAAAAUAUUAACAAACUUCGUGAAAUUAAAAAUUAAUAUAUUAAAUGCAAAGAAUUUAUUGAACAAUUUGAAUUUUUAUAUUUCUUCAUAUGUUAAAUAUUCCCUUUUUUACACAUUUGAAGAAAAAAAUAAAGGUUUUAAAAAUGCACUUAAGCAUAAGUAUUCCUUUUAUGAUAUCAAAACAAUAAAGAAAAAUUUUAAAUUAUGUAUAUACAUAAAAAAUCUUUGUUUAAAACACGAUCUAUUCAAUAGUGAUAUAUUGUUUUUCUUAAAUAUAGAAAGUAGUAUGAAAAAGAAGAAAUUAAAAUACAGGAAGAAGUUCAGCAGUUUAUCAAAAGAAUGUGAUGAAGAGCAAGUAGGUUGUUCAUCCGUUGAGAAAAUUUGUGAUAAAAAUGGUGGAGAUGCACAACAUAUUUCAAAUUAUAAGAAUAUUGAAUUUUUAAAAAAUACGAAAAGGAGUAGUUCGAAUGAGAAAGAAAUAGCGUUUGUAGGAACACAUGAUAGUGCAGGGUACAAAGUUAUCGAAAGUACAAAUAGAAACAGAUUAAGUAUGGAACAUGAACAAAACAGUAACCCACAUGAAAUGGAGACGAUACAAUCCAAGGGAAAUGAAUAUUUAACACAAGGACAGGACAUAAUAAAUGUAGGAGAGUGUAGAGGGGAAAAUGGAAUUGGAAAAUCUAUUGAUAAUGUCGAAGAUAUAUCAGGAAAUACGGUUCAAACAAAAGUGGAAGAAAAUUUAGGAAACAUCGAAAAUGGUAUAAAUGCAUCGAUCGGGGAGCAUUUGCAUAUCUAUUAUGAUAAAGAAAACGAUGACAAGAAUAAUAAUAAGAUGAUAACAGGUAUCAGUGAAAAGCAUAAAGUAAGUAAUAAUUCAGCAGAUAUAAAAAAGGGUUUAAAUAAUAAGGAAGAUUAUAAUAUAAACGAAAUUAAAGUCAAAAAAAAAGAAUUUAGUGAUGGAAAUAUAAAUACAUCAUUAGAUUUAUCAACUAAAGAGAAUAUGUUAAUAAAUAAAUUUUUUGAAAAAAGAAAUGAAAAAAAAAUUUCGAAAAAAUAUUAUAUGAAUAUUUUAAAAUUUUAUUUAAAAAAUAAAGUUCAUGGAUAUUCCAUUAAUUCUUUAGAAUGUGUAAAAUUGGAGGAUAAAUCUAUUUACUUAAUAUUUUUAUUUUUGGGAAAAAUAUUUUAUUUUCUGUUUAAUUAUCUUUUAUCGCACAGUGAUGAAGAAGAUGUUGUAAUAGGCAGAGAAUAUGACCUUAUAAAAGGUAAAGAGGACGAUGUUGAAAUGGGUAGAGAAGACGCCGUUAAAAUUAGUAGUGACAAAAGAGAUAUUUCUGAUCCCCUUGAAAAUUCAUACACUUAUGAUGAACUUCUUCUAUAUUUUAUGUUAAUAUCGCUGUGCUACUACGCAGACAGUUUAAUUUUCUUAAGCUUUAAUUUUUUAGACGUUCAACAAAUCAGUUCAAAGAAUGAUGAAAAUUUAUCUUUAAAUAAAAAAGAGGAAUGUAGCAUGAAUAAUGUAGAAUAUGAACUGGAAGAAUCUCAAAUACUAGGUAAACAGAAGAAAAUGAAAACAUGCCAAGUUGAGAAGGACGAUGAUAAUAAAAUGAAGAAAAUAACAUUUGAAGAAAAAUUCGAAAUUACAAAAAAUAUACUGAAGAAGAAUAAUGAUGAUGAUUUUAAGAAAAAAAAUGUUAUAUUAAAACCUUGUUUUGUAAAUACGAGUAAUUAUUACAUGUUCAGAAAUAAAGCAACUGAUAUUAUUAAUAACGAUAAAGAAAGUACCAAAAUGAUUAUCCCCAUGUAUAAAUUAUUAGUAACACGCUUAAAAAUUUGUUUAUAUUAUCCAAGGUACUUUUUCCUUGCUUCUUUAUUUAGUUAUAAAUAUGAUACCAAAUUGUCCAACAAUCUUUUAAAUUAUAUAAAAGAUAAAAAUAUUUUGAGUGAACAUGUUAAAUAUUAUAUUUCUGAAGUGAAUGAGGGGAUUAAAAAUUUGUCAAAGAGAAUCGAAAGGGAUGACAAUGGUUAUACUGUUGAAAGCUUUGAUGUUAUGGAGGAGUUAAACACCCUUGACAAUCGUGGUAUUUUAAAUAAUCAUUUUGUAGAUGAUACAAAUAAUAGCGGAACAAAUAAUAACGAUAACAAUGAUAAUGAUGGAGGAGGGGGUGAAAAUAUUGUAGUACAUUGUUCUAACAUAAAACAGGACAAGGGAAGCAGAAUAUUAGAUGAGAAUGCAAAUACGAACGAAACUAUAAGUGAAAGUGUUUUUUUUAGUAAUAGUACUAUUAGAAAUGAGUUAAGUACAAAUAAGAAAAAAAAGAUAAAUUCUAAAAUGUAUAUAAUAAAUUACUACACGGAUUAUCAUGAAAAUAGUAAUUUAAAUACCCUUAGGUCACAGGUUUUCAACAACUCGUCAUAUAAUAUGGAAUAUGAGGGGAAAAGUAAUCAUAUCAAAUUAGAACAGAAGCAAAAAAACGUACAUGAUAAUUUAGAAGAAUGUUCUAUAAAAAAUGGUGAUUCUUCUAGUAUUGAAAAGGUUAUUCAUACUUCGAGCAAAAAUGAUGAAGUCAAAAACAUAAUGAACGUUGCAGUUAAAGGCGCAGUGAGGGGUCCAAUGAGCAGUCCAUUGAAUAAAUCGGUUAAAGAGGUAGUGAAAGACCAAGUGAAUGGUGUAUACGAUAUGGAGAUAGACAAAAACAAAAUUAACGAAUUUAUGUAUGACAUAAUGAAAUUAAAAGUUGUAAUAAAAAAUAUUGAAAUUAAAUAUGAAGAUGUUCUUAAUGAUAUAAUUGAAGGUUUAAAUUUUAUAUCAGAAAAUAAAAAUUGUGGAAAUUACAAUUCACAAGCUGCCUAUCAUAUAUGUAUAUACUACUUUAUGAGAAAAAAUUAUGAACGAUGCAUUUAUUACAUGAAAUUUUUUGUUGUCAAAGGAACAUUCAAGAUAUGGCAAAAUGAUUCGUUUAAUCAAGAUUAUUACAACCUAUACUGCAAAAGAGUUCAAAGAAAUGAGUUUUGCGUAAUAAAAUAUUUCACCAUUGUUUUAGAGGUUAGUAAAAAUGUUUUGAAAAAUGCAUUGACCAAAAUUAAUGAUGAAAUUUGUUCUGAAAGUAAAAAGAUGUUUGAAAAUUUUUGUAUUAGUAAACUGGAUACUGAAGUAAUGAACAUCUUAAUAGAGGAGAGGUGUUUAGAUGUAAUUAAUAAAGAAAAGAAAGAAGAAAACAUGAAAAAUGAAAAUGUGAAAACCAGUAAUGAUGAAAAUAAGAAUGAUGGAACUAAGGAUAGUUGUGCUGAUGGAGGGAACACUAAUGAAGGAAAGGACACAGGCGUCCAUGAAAAAAUUAUCAAUUCUGAAAAAGACAGUGGUACAGGUGAUAGCAAAAAUACCGAAAGAAAGGAUAGCAACAAUGAUGAAUAUAAGACUAGUUAUAGUAAAAAUAACUUUAUUGACGAAAGUAAAACCGAUGGAAACAAGGAGAGAAGUACAGAAGAAUGCGAGGAGGAAAAUGUUGACCAACGUGAGAACAAUGUCGGUGAAUGUAAAAGUAAUGGAACAAAGGACAUAAGUAACGAUGAAAGCAAAUUUAACAGAUGCCAAGAAAGCUGUAUCAGUGAAACGAUGAUGAACCAAAAUAAAGAAAGCAUGAACGAUUCAGUAGAAAAAUUUAAUAAUAACGAAAUUGUAGUUGAUAAAAAUAUUAACACAACGACUGCAACAGUAACAGCAACAUCAGAAGCAGAAGUAGCAGCAGCAACAGCAACGGAUAAUGUGUGUAGUGAAAAAGAGAAUAAAUUUACAAGAAAUGAUAAUAAAUGGAUAUAUUUAGGGUUUGACAACUUAGACCAUUUAAAUGACAUUUAUCAUAUAUUAAAAAUGUUGUUCGAAAUUUAUGUGUAUAUAGGUAAAACAAUAAAAAGGUUCAAUGAUUACAAAUUAUUGGAAGAAGCUACAGUUAUGUAUGGCUAUAACAUAUCAGUUAUUAAUAUUCUUUUCAAAAUAAUUACAGAACAUAUAUGCUUUAUUUUCGAAGUGUUGUGUUAUUUUACUCCCCAUGUUUUGGUUUAUCCAAUUAUUUUGCUAUUUUCCAGUAGCACUUCUGCUUUUACAUCUACUGAAGGGUGCAUUACUGCCAAUAGUGAUAGCAAAUAUAUGUAUUUGAAACAAGCGUCUCUCAGGGAAGAGUUAAUAUACAAUAGCUCAAGUGCAUCGAUGGACCUUAGAAUUUUUAAGUUGUUUAGAGAAUUUUUAGCAAAUAAAUCAGCUACUAUGCCUUUCCAUUUAUCCACAAGAAUGCACAGUGUGUUUUUACUAAUAUGUAAAAAGUUACUAUAUUAUCAAAAGAAUGAAAAAGAUAUAAUAAAGAACAUGAGCAUUUAUUAUGAUAAAAGAAACAAAAAAAAGAAAGAAGGUAUAAUGAAAUUCGUUGAAAAUGCGCUUAAUAAUAAAAAUAAAACAAGCCUCACAUAUUUUUUGAAUGUAUUUAACAAUGGAAAAUUAUUAAAUUGUACAAAUUAUUUGAACUGUGAAAAUAUUAAAUUUUUAACUAGUAAAUUAGUUUAUAGUGCUAACUGUACAGAUAUAAACAGGAACAACUCUCAAAUAAUUCCGUUAGAUAAUGCCAAUAAGGAGAAGUCAAAUAAUAUGGCAGAUAAGGAAAAUAUAGUUAGUGCUAAUAAUAAUAAUUUAUUGAAUGAUUUAAAUAGUGAAACAAUCACAUCUAUGCUUAAUAAUAACGAUCCAGUAGAUGAAGAGAAAAAAAAUAAAGAAUGUGUUUUAUAUUACAUAAAAUUAAACAACGAUAAGAAUAUAUAUUUAUAUGAUGAUUAUAACAUUUUUAAUAAUAUAAAAACAAAAAAUGAGGCUUUAAACUGUGUUAAUUCCAUGUUAUCCGAUAAAAAUUCCUCAUUAAAAAAAACAGAUAGUGCUAAUAUGAAGAAAAAAAAGAACAUUGAUUUAUCUCUACCUGAUGUGAAGAAUUCAAUACGAGAGCGAGAUUUAAGAAGAUUAAAUAGGGAAAAAAGUAAAGUUUUGUAA